AUGAGUUUGGAGGAAGGGGUGAUAUGCGAGCCCUUGAGUGUUGGUGUUUACGCUUGUCGCUGUCCCAAAAUUGGCCCUGGAACAAAUGUUUUAGUCAAGGGGGCAGGUCCGAUUGGGUUGGUUGCACUUUUGGCUGCUAAAGCAUUUGGUGCGCGAAGAGUAAUUGUUGCCGAUGUUCAUGAUUACUGCCUUUCAGUUGCAAAGGAGCUUGGUGCAUUUGCCACCAUAAAAGUCUCAACCAACAUUGAGGAGAAGGUAGCCAUUCCGGUCGACAUGCAGAAUUCUUCAAAUGAAAAUGUGGACAAGCUUAACUGGCUGCAAAUAUCAAAGAAGCUGGAAAAAGAGAAGGAGAAGAACAAUCCAGUUACUACUCACACGCAGCAGAUUGUUUCCUCUUUAGUAGGAGAACAAUCUAAUCGUUUUCUUUUUUAUUCUAGAAUGGUGACCUAA